AUGGCUGAGUGCAGUGAUUUCAAUUUCCGCGCUCUCGUCGAUGCUCGAUUAGCAGUUCUGUGUUGUAUUUUCUGUCCUGAUCUUAUCUCCAUAGGCCCUGGACGCUUGGGAGUGCGGCCGGCGGCUUCUGCAACUCCAUUGAGUCUGCGACCAACUGGUCUCGCUUGCCGAAUGGUGGCACCGGAACUGGAUCGAGUCGUUAACGCCGCUCCGGUGUUUUCAAACACAACUUCCGGUGUUGGAGUUAAGGUGACCACUCCGCGGUUACAAUUCGACAAGCGUGCAACUGCCUCGUUUGGCGUGGUAGCAGGCACUCCAUCGGUUUCUGGUGUUCUCUCAAUAAGAGCAGGAUACUUUUGGUGA